AUGGUUCACGUUGUGCCUCCUGCGACUACCGAGGAGGCAUCGGCCCCUCAAUUUCAGUCAAAUGAAGCACGUCGUGAAUCUCGAGACGACUAUUUCUCGGAUGACCUCGAAGGUGAAGAUAGGACUUCGCUCGUUGACGGCGUAGCCUACCUCUCUCUAUGCGCAUCUGGAACUACUGACACGACUUCUGAGCCCUACUAUGUAGGCUCUAGUUCUGGUGCCACCAUUGCUCGCAUCAUACAGUCUUCAAUUUUUCGGAGUUCGGGCAAGAGAGCAGCCGGCCAGCAUGCUAACCAGACGGCUCAACCUCCCACGGUUGCGAGGCCACCCCCGCCUCCUGAGUCUGCGCAUUCAGAUGACCAUACCAUUGAUUUCCCCGAGAGGCAACAGGCACGUGUGCUGUUUGAUGUCUUCUUUGAACGUAUACAUACACGCUGGCCAUUACUAGAUCGCGUGGUAUAUACAAAGCUCUUCGAGAAGCAGUAUGUUCAAGGUGCUUUGUCUAUCAUUGAACGCAGUAUCUUUCACCUCAUGUAUGCCAUUACAGCUAGGUUUUUGUCUUUGACCCAGAAGCCAUGUGGGGUUGAUCCUGAGAGUCACCUUGUUGCCGCAACAGAGCCAAUGGAUUACAUAUUAGCUCAGCAUAACCUCGCAACUGUUCAAUUUCUUAUACUGCUUGGAGUACAUGGACAGCGGUCUCCAUAUGGAGCAGGCGCCUGGUCUCAGAUCCGAUAUGCGACGUCCGUCUGUAUAGAGAUGGGCUUACACAGGAAGAGAAGCGUGGUGUAUUCUCCUGAACAAGCAAGAGAUGCUGAGAUUCGACGCCGAGCAUUCUGGUCGUGUUACUGUCUCGAUCGAGUGACUAGCAUCGUUCUUGGCCGUGCUUUUGCCAUUGCCGAUCGAGACAUCAAUGUCGAGCUUCCCAGCACUAGCCCAGAAUUCUGGACUCUAACACACCAAGAAGCCCCCGAAGCCCACAAAACCCAAUGGUCCAACAUCGAGCCCUUCAUCCACAUCAUCAAGCUCGACCAAAUCCAAUCUCGAAUCCACAAGACAGUCUUCCGCGUCGACCGCGACGUCUUCGCCGGCACCUUUGAACAGCGUGCCAAACUCGACCAAAAAAUGAAUUCGAUCCGCAACGACCUUGACACCUGGCUUCGCACCUGCCCACAAACCCCCAAAAAGGAAAACAAGAUAACCUGGAUGUACGACCCGGAAAGCGCAUACCUCGACGCCCGUGACUUCUAUGGCGUCCAAUACCACAAAGCAAUGCUCUUCCUCUUCACCGUCUUCCUGCCCACCCUCGAUACUUCAGAUACACGCUUCAUAACGUGCGCCCGCUCCGCCGCCUGCGCCUGCAACGCAUACAAGCGACUCAGCCAGAAUAAAACGCUGACUUACACCAUGAUAUCGCUGCACUCGUGCUUCGUAGCCGGUCUAACGCUUGUGUAUUGUAUCUGGCGCGACCGCACACUCUUCUCCUACGACGUCCUCGAAGCGACCCGCGCGUGCUCGCAGAUCCUCACCAUCUUCGGUGAGAAAUGGCCGGGCGCCGUCAAGUAUCGCGAUAUCUUUGAUGCGUUAUCUGGUAGUUUGUUUAAAACGGUGGUUAAUGCGACGAAUGCGCUGAGAACGAGCGGCGCGAGACCGCUGCAGUUGGAUGUUGAUGCGGAGUCGAGCUUGCAGGGGCUGGGACAGCGGAAGGGGUAUGAGGAGACGGGGGAAGGGAGGAGGGGUAGUAAACAGACGCUGUCGCAUAUGGUGACGGAUGCGGUCAAAGAGGCGUUUAUGGAGGUUGAUGAGGAGGCGCCGGGGGGUUGGCAGGGGUGGAGGAUGUGGAAUGAGAUGGUGAGGGAUGAGGAGGCGCAGAUGCAGAAUGUGGAGGUCAGAGGCGAUGGGAUGGGAUGCGGGAUGGCGGAGAUGAGUUGGACGGCGGAGGAGGGCCCCGGGUUCUAUGGGGUGGAUCCCAUUCAGGAUGCUGCGAUGCAGACAAAUGGGGAGGGGAUGGUGGAUAUGAACCAGUGGAGUUUCGGGGGAUAUAGGUGA